AUGGAGACACAUGGCAGUAUUUCUGAGGACCCCGCUCUCAAACUCUUCGAGGCCAGCAAUGGUGUGGGGGCGGGGCUUGUCGGGCAGGAGGAGGCGUGGUAUGGAUUCCGGAUAACGGUUAGUGCUGUGCUGCUGUUGGAGCUGCUCCUCGGAGUGGGUGGGAACCUGACUGUUUUGGUGUUGUACUGCGGUCAUUGCAGCCUACUAGAGUCCGUCAGUCAUGCCGUCACUCUCAGCCUGCACACCCUUGACCUCUUGCUCUGUCUGCUCUGCCUACCCAUCACUGCCACCCUCCUUCUCAUGGGUGCCACCCCACACCAUACCCUGCUUUGUUGCCUCCAUGAAGCAGCAGCUACCUUUGCCAGUGUGGGAACUGCACUAAAUCUGCUGCUCAUCAGCCUCGAUCGCUAUGACAUCAGCGUCAGGCCGGCCAAUCGGUUGCUCACACCAAGGAGAGCUGCAUUUUUGCUAAUUGGAGUGUGGGUAGUAUCAUUUACUGUGCCUCUCUUACCGUUUGUGGAGGCAGAGCUUGCUAAUGAGCCAAUAGACGAAGCACCGGUUUAUUCUAAUAGCACAUUACUGUGUUCACAACUGAUAGGGACGUUGCAGGCUCAUCUUCUGCUGCAGGUUCCUAUCUUCCUGUGCUCUUUGGCCGUUAUGCUGUUUACAUACUCUCGGAUUCUACAAGCCCUGCGCAUCCGCAUAGGACAUCCAGCCAGAGCGCAACGGGACACCACACAACUUAAACGACACAACUGGCAAAGGCGUAAAAAGUCUGCAAGGUUGACAGAGAACAUGACAAGGACCAUCUCUCCUCCAGCCCUCUCCACUGGACCUCUUGUUGUCUUUGGUGUGGGGGCUUCAGUGUCGGCCAUCCUGGCUCUGCGUCGUGCAGUAAGACGUCAUAGAGAUCGCAGAGAGCGUCAGAAGCGUGUCUUUCGCAUGUCCGUCAUUAUUGUCCUUUCUUUCCUACUCUGCUGGGCCCCUCUGUCCAUCACACCACUCCUGUGGCUGGCAAUUGGACCCUCUGAAUGGCUGGAGCGCCUAAGAGUCUGCUUCCUAGUGCUCGCCUAUUGGACGGUGGUGCUGCAUCCACUGCUGUAUGCAUUUACACGGCAGAAACUGAGAAAAGUUCUGCACACGCGUCUGCGCCGGCUCCGCACAAACAACACACACACCGUCAUUCAAAAAAGAACAGGGAACAGACGCAAGCACAAGGCAGACUGCAGCGAUGCUACAGACCGCUGCCUAAUGGAGGCCAUGAGAGAGUGACAGCUUGUGUUUGUGUGUGCUUGUGUGUGAGAGUGUAUGUGUGUGUGACUUUGCAAAUUAAGUGUGAGAAACGUGUGUGAGAGCUAAUA